AUGGCCCGUCGCGACAGCCUUUCAGAGGAUGAGACCGCAGGUCUCCAACGAAACACGGCUGUGCACUUGGACUUUCGCAGAAGGGCCCUGCUCGAGCUUUGCUGGGAUCACUACACAGAAGCAUUGGUCGACACAUACUCCGACCGGUGCAAGGUCUCUAACAAACUCAGGACGGUCAAGCAGUCCCAACGGAAUUCCUACGCAGAGGACGUCUUGGAACAUGUUUCUGCUACGAUGGACGAAGAUAAGGCGGCCAAGCUCCGGUCGCAAUUCGCCUUCCUCAAGGACAGACUGCAGAUGGACCCACACAGGAACGACGUCAGAUGGAUACUUUCGACAGGGGACCAAUAUGCUCCCCCCAGAAUCUACCUCCUUCAAUGUUUGUGUCGGCUCACCUACAAGACCCUUCUGGCAGAAUUCCAACAUGCUUGCAGAGCGCGCAACAUGGCCCGCGUCUUCUACGACCUGGCAAAAACACUCUGGUAUCAUCAGACUUUACAGUUCUUCAUGCCGCUCAUACCUCAGGACAGCAUUGCCCCUCUGCAAAGGUGGUACUCGGACUACAGCCUCAGCCAGCGUUUGCUUCGAGGAGUUCCAUCGCCUGCCACGUUGGAGACCGAUGAUGAUGCACCUGGAGCUUCGGUGCCGGAGCCGGCGACAGUCGCGGACCCAUCUCAACUGCAUGGUUCGCGACCGCAACCAUCGCAGGUGGCGCUUCCGCUAUCCUCCAACGAGACGCUCGAGGAGAUCUUCGCGACGCGCCCGGAGGAAUGGCGCUACGAGCCGGCUUCGAGCAGUGCGCCGAUCCCAGACACUCCCAACCCGGCACGCCAGCGCAUCGUGAAACGCUCCUAUUUGAGGGCUCUCAGGCGGUUGCAGACCACUGGUUUUGCUAGGAUGGUCUCAUGGAACUGUGGCGGCCUCUCGUCGCUAGCAUUUGAGUCUCUCAAGGAUUGGCUAGGAGGCUGGAGUUGCUUUUCUAGUAGCGAUGGCUCCUCCACAUCGGGUGUCAUGACCAUGAUAUACCUGAUCUGCACCGAACCUCCCACUGAUGUCCUAAAUGUUUACCAGCACUCGUGGAAUCCAAGUAAGCAAGAGUACAUCAACCGUGGAGAGGAGCCAGUCGCACUCCUGCUACAGGAUGCCCCGGUACAGAUUGACUACGUGUUUCUUAGGCUCCCGUGCAAUGUGCCGGCACUCCGCACCCGCAUCUUGCGUGCAGCUCCUGUUGUCGCACUGAGCGGCAUGCGUCACUUCCCCAUAACACUAGAGGAAGACCGCCUUCGCUUUGAGCAGGUUGCCCAGACACUUCUGCAGGAUCCCGAGAUCAAGGUCAACAACGCCUUCCCGAUGGACCCUGCGCAGACCGAGGAGCUCCUCCGAGCGGCGGACGAACUGAAGCAGUUCGAGGGCUACAUGCCCCGGGUACCCUCCACCAACGUGCCAUCGGAGAAUGCUUCCGAGGAGGCCGACCAGGAGACGAAGCCGAAGUACCCGAAGGCCUCUGGGAAGGGCAACCACGGGCCAGCGCAGCCUCCGCGGUCCUCACAGGCCCCCAGCAGCCCCAAGGAGUUGGCAGCGAACACUGCGGACAAGGAGGAGGACAAGCCCUCACGCCGCUCCGACUGGCCUGCCCGUCGCGGACAGGAGCAGCGACAGAACCAGCGACGCCAGGCCCCCAGCUGGUGGAGCAAGGACCCGAACUACCGGAACGAAAACGAGAUUCGGGAGCUACGCCACCUGGUUCAGGACCUCACCCGACUGGUCCUUCGCCAGUCGGACUCCAUAUCCUACAUGAAGCUGGACUUGGGAUUCAUGCUCUUCUUGAAGACAUCGAUGAGGCCCAAGCUGGAGGAUGGCAGCCGCACACCGGAGUGGGCGGUAGUGGAUCCGCUCUUCCGAGUUGCGCAAGCUUGGAACAAGAAGAAGCAGGAGGCCCCGGACACCUUGGAGGCUCCCCUCAGGAACACCCUGAUGCACUGCCUCCUCACGACCUUGGUGGAAAGGCUAGAGGAUGCCAUCGCGAAUCCUCCCCACAUGGACAGGCUUCGCUAUCUGGGCCUGGUGGAAGCCAACGGCCUGGUUUACCUGCGCUGGAACCCAACCACCAAGUCACACGAGAGGGCCACCCAGGAGCCUCUCCCCGUGGAAGCCGCUUUGGAGGGCCUGAAGCUUGUCAUCCGGCACCUGCCGUUCCCUCGAGUUCUGCUCCGCUUCCAUGCCCUCCGACGCCUGACACAGGAGAUGCAGGUGGAGGUGGUUCCUUUUACGUUGGAACUUCACAAUCGCAAUCAGGAGGCUCAGUUGACCUACCAGCAGUUCGAGCGCAUGAGCCACAGCGCGCUGUGGCACUUGGUCGGCGGCACCAUGAGGAUGGCACGCCUCGGACGGAGCCCUCUGGAGCAGUCCGUAGAGGAGUCUGCGCGUCGACUGGGCUGA